AUGUUAUCUGGGAAGAUUGUUAUUAGCUGUCUAUUGAGCGUUGCUUUCUAUAUAGAGACAGUAAGAUGCUUCUAUUUACCAGGUGUUGCCCCAAUGACCUUCCACGAGGGAGACGAAAUUCCACUUUUGGUUAACCAUUUAUCACCAUCCAUGUAUUUUCAACAUUUAGAUGAAGAUGGCAAGACUUUUAAAGGUGACAAAGAAAGAUAUUUAUACUCUUACGAUUACUACUACGAAAAAUUUCAUUUCUGUAAACCUGAGAAGAUCGUUAAACAACCUGAAUCCUUAGGGUCUACUAUUUUUGGUGAUAGAAUUUACAAUUCUCCUUUUGAAAUAAAAAUGUUACAAGAUCAAGAAUGUACAUCUCUUUGUGGGAGUGUUAUUCCAGGUGAUGACGCAAAAUUCAUUAACAAAUUGAUUAAGAACGGUUUCUUCCAAAAUUGGUUGAUUGAUGGUUUACCUGCCGCAAAAAAAAUUCACGAUACUAAGACUAAGUCUGAUUUUUAUGGUUCCGGGUUUGAAUUAGGCUUUGUUCAGGUUCUUCAAACAGUAGGAUCGAGUCAAGUUAAUACAGUUCCAAAGAAACCAUCCUCUAAUGAAGGUAUUGAAUUAGACACUCGUGAACCUAAGAAUGUUCAAACUUUACAAAAUAUCGAGGUAGCUUACUUUGUUAACCAUUUCGAUAUCAAUAUUGAAUAUCAUGACCGUGGUGAAGGUAAUUACCGUGUUGUUGGGGUUACUAUCAGUCCAGCUUCUAUUGACCGCUCUAGCCCAGAUUCAUGUUCAUCUACUGGUAAACCUUUGAUUCUAGAGGAAGACAAAGAUAAUCAAGUAUAUUUCACUUAUUCUGUAAAAUUCAUUCCAUCUGAAACUGUAUGGGCUACAAGAUGGGAUAAGUAUCUACAUACUUAUGAUCCUACCAUCCAAUGGUUCUCUUUGAUUAAUUUCUCUGUUAUUGUUCUUCUGUUAUCCUCUGUAGUCAUCCAUUCUCUAUUGAAGGCUUUGAAGAGUGAUUUCGCGCGUUACAACGAAUUGAACUUGGACGAUGAAUUCCAUGAAGAUGCUGGUUGGAAAUUAGGUCAUGGUGAUAUCUUCCGUAUCCCACACAAAUCCAUGUUGUUAUCCAUUUUGGUCGGUUCUGGUACUCAAUUAUUCGUCAUGAUUAUUACCACUAUUUUCUUCGCAGCAUUAGGCUUUUUGUCCCCAAGUUCAAGAGGUUCUUUAGCUACCGUAAUGUUUAUGCUAUAUGCAUUGUUUGGUUUCGUCGGUUCCUAUACUUCUAUGGGUGUCUACAAGUUCUUCCAAGGUCCAUACUGGAAGGCAAACAUGAUGUUAACUCCAAUUCUGGUACCUGGUUUUAUCUUUUCUGUUAUCCUGUCCAUGAAUCUGAUCUUACUUUAUGUUCAUUCUUCAGAUGUUAUCCCAGCUAGUACUUUGUUCUUUAUGGUAUUCUUAUGGAUUAUCUUCUCGCUUCCAUCAGCAGUUGCAGGUUCUUUAAUCGCUCACAAGAAAUGUCAUUGGGAUGAGCAUCCAACAAAGACAAACCAAAUCGCAAGACAAAUUCCAUUCCAACCAUGGUAUUUGAAAACAAUUCCAGCUACUUUGAUCGCCGGUAUUUUCCCAUUUGGUUCCAUUGCCAUUGAACUAUAUUUUAUUUACUCCAGUUUAUGGUUUAACAAGAUUUUCUACAUGUUUGGGUUCUUGUUCUUUUCAUUCCUAUUAUUGACCCUAACGACAUGUCUUGUCACCAUCUUAAUCACUUAUCAUUCUCUAUGUUUAGAAAAUUGGCUAUGGCAUUGGAGAAGUUUCAUUGUCGGUGGUGUUGGUUGCGCCGUUUAUGUCUUUAUCCAUUCCAUCCUCUUCACCAAAUUUAAACUUGGGGGUUUUACUACAGUUGUCCUGUAUGUUGGUUACUCUACAGUGAUUUCUGUCCUAUGUUGUAUCGUCACAGGUGCCAUUGGGUUUAUGAGUUCCAUGUUCUUCAUCAGAAAGAUCUACUCUUCCAUUAAGGUUGAUUAA